AUGCCUGCACUCACGGGCUCCACGUCAAGUAGCGGGAGUUCCAAGAACCUAGGGGACUAUCAAUUAGGAGAUUGCCUGGGCAAAGGCGCUUUCGGACAAGUGUAUCGAGCGCUGAAUUGGGCGACCGGGGAGACUGUAGCAAUCAAGGAGAUCCAGCUGAGCAAUAUUCCGAAGGGCGAGAUCGGAGAGAUUAUGUCCGAGAUCGACCUACUGAAGAAUCUCGAUCAUCCGAACAUUGUGAAGUACAAGGGUUUCAAGAAAGAACGGGAGUAUCUCUACAUAAUCCUCGAGUUCUGCGAGAACGGAUCACUUCACAAUAUAUGCAAGCGGUUCGGAAAGUUUCCGGAGAACCUUGUAGCCGUGUACAUAUCCCAAGUCCUCGAAGGGCUGGUAUAUCUACACGACCAAGGUGUCAUCCAUCGCGACAUCAAGGGCGCUAAUAUCCUCACAAACAAGGAUGGUUGUGUCAAGUUGGCUGACUUUGGUGUCGCUGCUAAAGCGACUCCAGGGGUAGUCAGUGACGCUACCGUGGUGGGGAGUCCUUACUGGAUGGCACCGGAAGUCAUCGAACAGUCGGGGGCUACCACUGCGUCGGACAUCUGGAGCGUAGGUGCUACGGUGAUAGAGCUCCUGGAGGGCAGGCCUCCGUACCACUUCCUUGACCCGAUGCCCGCAUUGUUCCGCAUCGUCCAAGACGACUGCCCUCCGAUUCCAGAGGGCGCGUCGCCCAUCGUCAGGAACUUCCUCGAGCACUGCUUCCAGAAGGACGCGAACUUGCGUAUAUCUGCGAAGAAGUUGCUGAAGCACCCUUGGAUGGUCGCGGCUAGGCGACAGAUGGGCGCCGAAGGCGGGUUUGGCCGCGGAGAGUCAGCAUCAGCCAAUCGGGAAGGAAGGAGACCACCCAGCAAUUAUAACUAUGACGAAGCUGUAUUGAAAGUGCAAGAAUGGAAUGAAGCACUCAAGUCUCCCUCACGACCGUCCAAGCAUCCAGCACGCGCUCGCCCAACAACCCCUCCAGAUUCGCCCUUAUUUGACAUAUCGAAUGGCCCUGGCAUACCGGCAUCAACCUCCGCGGGCUCUCAACCUACCGUAACUCCUGGAUGGCGUAUGCCUACCAUUUCCAGCAGCAAGGCACCUACAGUCAUCGUUCCACCACGCAUAGUCGAACCAGAAGAGCAGACGGAUAACUGGGAUGAUGACUUCGAGGAGGGAAUAUCCUUCUCGAAACUACAAGCCCUGGAAAAGACGCCUGCUGAAGAGGAAAAGCUUGAAGCCGACGAGAACGCUCAGACCAUUCGUCCAAAUCGGAGCCCACCAGCCAAAUCGCCCAUGCCUUUGUCAAAGCCGCCAGCAGAGACAAUAGGUCCUAUCGUUGAGGACUACUCGGAUCUUGCAUUCGACGAGGAUGACGAUAAGUUGGAGGAGAAGCUCAUGGACUUCAAGCUGAAGACAUCGUCUCGGCGGGGGUUAUAUCAUCCAGACGAUAUCAAGACAUUUGGCUUGGGUCAAAUAUCCCCAGGCCCCAAGACUGCGCCCCUUCCGGAGCUGGACCGAAAGCCCUCCCGACCAUCUCUCAGUCCUAGGACGUCUUCCCCCAACGCUUCAGCAGGCCCUUCUACAUCGCGCCCCUCGCAUUCUCGCUCAUCGUCAUUCGCCGGUUCACCCGGGGGUUCGCUUGGCCGUUCGGAAAUUAAACGCCUCGCGAGCCAGGCCGAGUUCGAUAAGUAUGCAGAAGAUGACGAUGAGGACUAUGACGAUGUUUUCGGCAAACCGAAUGGCAACACGAAUGGAGCUGCCUUGCAGAGAUUGCAGUUAACCACGCGCCUCUCCAGCAGAUCAUGGCUUGGUGAUGAUGACAUCGACGAAGAGGAUCCAUUCGCCGAGAUCGACGAAGGAUUUUCAGAAGACGAUCUGGAGGCUAAUCUGCAACGAGAUAAAUACGCUCGGAUGUGCAAUGCAGUGAAUCAGCUGCUAGACGGGCUGACUCCAUCAGCACCGGACUUUCAAUUGCGCGACGCUUGUGAUCAGCUUAUGACCAUUCUGCAAGAUGUACCGGAGAUGCAGGAGCAACUAGUCUCUUCCCACGGCAUGCUUGCAAUACUGGAAGUUCUGGAGGGUAAAUGUUCCCGGGAUGUUGUCUUGAAGUUGUUGCAAAUAGUCAAUCUGCUUGUCACCGGUGACAUGGGUUUCUUGGAAAGUUUCUGUCUAAUAGGAGGCAUCCCAGUUGUAAUGGGUUUUACUUCCAAGAAGUACCCCUCUGAAUGCCGCCUGGAAGCGUCCCACUUCAUCGGGCUUUUGUGUCAAUCGUCUGUUUUGACCCUUCAGAUGUUCAUUUCAUGUCGGGGUCUCAAGGUUUUAGUGGACCUCCUCGACGAAGACUACGCAGAACAGACGGAACUUGUGGUCCGUGCUCUCAAUGGCAUAAGGAGUGUCUUUGAGUUGCAGAGUCCUACCAAGAAGAACGACUUCUGUCGCAUGUUCAUCAGAGAAGGCCUACUGGACCCUCUCUCCUCCGCCCUGCUUAAUGUGAUGGCGACCACGGAGGAGAAAUCCGCGGACAUCAAGGGACGAAUAAUCCAGAUCAUUCUGAUAUUUUGCCAAGUAUCUGUGUCCGAUAUCCACGUCCGCAAUGCUCUUGGGACCCGAAAGGUCAUAAGACGUUUCUUACGUGCCUGCGAGUUGCUCGACGGCGACCAUUUGGUGCAGAUGCUGAAAGCCGUUAAGCAUUUAUCCAUGAAUGCCACCCUGCUUGACGUCUUACAGAAUGCCAAUGCCAUCGAGAUCCUAUGUCGCAUUCUGGACGAGCAGAGUUCGGGCCCACGCAGUACGGACGUAUCAAAUCACAUCUUCCAAACCUGCUAUAACCUCUGCCGGCUGAAUAAGUCACGACAGGAAGAGGCUGCGCAAGCUGGCAUAAUUCCGAGCUUGAAACGCGUCAUCGAGUCCAGCUCUCCCCUGAAGCAAUUUGCUCUGCCUAUUUUAUGUGACCUAGCGAGUGCAGGGAAAACAUGUCGAGUUCUACUGUGGCAACAUGACGGCCUGCAGAUCUACCUGAAGCUGCUGGAGAAGGACCCUUACUUCCAAGUCAGCGCCCUGGAAGCUAUUGUCUCCUGGCUUCAAGACGAGACUGCACGCGUUGAAGAUCAGCUCAUGAAGCCCGAGGCUGUCGAUGCGCUGCUGAACUGUUUCGUCACAGCCAAGGCGAACUCCUUUGAGAACCUGCUGGAUCCGUUCCUCAAGAUCUGCCGUAUCUCUACUGGUAUCACCAUCGCCAUCGCCAAGAGCCAGUUCUUCAAGCGCAUAAUCGAGAAGCUAGGCCACAGCAAACCCGUCGUGCGGCUCAAUCUGCUCCGUCUGCUGCGCAUGGUAUGCGAGGUCCACCCGAACCGUGCGAUACUCGUCGAACGCUACGGUCUCUACGAGAUGGUGGAGAGACUGAGCAAGGACGACGGCGCUGUGCUUGUGAGAGAGCUUGCGAGGGAGAUCAUGCCUACUCUGGCGCCGGCGCUCAAGCCAGCCAGCACCCGAUCCAAAAACGAGGGUGAGGCGCACGGCUUCGGAGGGGACAUCAGCGCUCUUCUCACCAGCCCCGAGCUCGGUGUCGCGUACUGCAUCCGGGCAAGGAGGCGGGACGAAACCCAAGUCAUCGUCGCGGCUGAGGUUGAAUGA